UCUACUUAAACCAUUCAAACUCAACAAAACUUUCAUCAAAGGAUCCUUUUUUGAGUACUACACAUUGUUUGGUGUUCAUGGCUGAGGAAAAGCAAGAACAAGGGACUAACCCUUCUCAGGAACAACCCAAUGUGCCCUUACCAAGGAAUUACAAGCAGGCUUUGGAAACUAACACUCCUACAAAGACAAGUUGGCCUGAACUGGUUGGUGUCACUGCUGAAGAAGCAGAAACUAAGAUCAAAGAAGAGAUGAGUGAUGUUCAAAUUCAAGUGGUGCCUCAUGACUCUUUUGUCACUGCAGAUUAUAAUCCUAAGAGAGUUCGAUUGUAUGUGGAUGAAUCUAACAAAGUCACAAGGACUCCAUCAAUUGGCUAAUACGUCUGAUAUCUGCUAAUUAUGUAUCAUCAUUUCAUGGAGAUCUUAUUUGCUUUUGAAUCUGAAGUUUUUUUUGGUUUAGUAUGAAUAAUAUGUUUGCUUUCAUGAUACAA